AUGGGAGCGAGUAAAUUCUGCAACAACCCGUCACCACCGGUUUGCGCCGAUGACUGCGAUGGGAAUGGAUACUAUGUCAGUCCAGAUGGAACUGCGUGCAUUCCAUGUCCACAAUGUUCAGCUGGACAGGAACUUAACAAGGAUUGUGGAAAUGGUUUGAACGGAGAUGCAGUAUGCAUACCUUGUCUAGAAGGAUUCUUUUCAUUGUCCACGUCACAACGUUGCACCCAAUGCACCACCUGCACCAAUACCGUUGAGCAGGAAACAUGUCAACUCACACAAAACAGAGUGUGUGGGGAUUGCUUGCCAGGCUUUUUCCGAGGGUCUGACCGAUUCUCGACCGACUUUAACGCCUGUCCAAACAGAUGUUCAGACCUUCCCCGUGAUACGCCACAGUGCGGGGAUUGGUGGAGUACUCAAGAUAGAGAAUCGAUAGAGGUAGAGCAACCCACGGAGAUUGCAGAUGUAAGAAGGCUCCCUGAAGAGGUGUCUCUGGAUGGUAUUGAUCCAUGUGAACCCAAAACCCCUUUAUGCAUUGACCCCUGUCACGAUGGAAACUUCUUCUUGGACUAUGAUGGACUUUGCAAGGCGUGUCUGUCAUGCCAGCCUGGAGAAGAACUCAAUAAGGUUUGCGGUCGAGGGAAAAAUGGUGAUGCUUAUUGUCGACGGUGUCCCGAAGGAACUUUCUCAGAGGACGGACUACAGAGAUGCUCCCCUUGUCGUAUCUGCGUCAACACUUUGGCGACCGAGUGCACUGCUUCAAGAAACACAGCGUGUGGAGAGUGCCUUCCAGGAUAUUACCAAGACGCAGAUGGGUACUUCCCGGACCAGGGAGCCUGCCCGAACAAGUGCCCCGAGUGUCCGAACACCGUUCCACAGUGCCAAGAGUGGUGCGAAUCAAGGACAAACCCGGACAAGGUUACCGUCGGACAAGAUGACGUCACCCUAGCGGAUGUGGCUGUGGAUAUUCACCAGUCUGGUGCUGACGAUGGAAUCAAUGAUGAAGCUAAACUUCCUCCAGCUAGCCAUGGAUCCUACAUGCUCAUCUUCACAGUUCUCGCAUCCCUUUUGGCCGUCGUCAUCAUCGUCCUCUUUACCGUCCUCUUCGUGUUCCGUUACAUGUGGAAUAGGUCUAAUGGGUCGAAUGCGUCGACGACACCGAUCCUACCGAGUCCGAGACCUUCACCCUCUAGUUCACCUCCCAGAACUCCACCAACUGUUUACGGGCCUACAACCUUUCAGUAUUCCCCGGAAGGAUACGGCAGGGAAUUCUGGAAUUUUAUUAGAACGGCCUCUCCGCGUCUAACCAGUUCAAGACCCGUUAGUGGAGGUUCAACUGAUGUUGAGAAUGAGUCAUCUGCGGUUUCUACACCAACAAUGAACCUAAACAGACGGAUGGUCGAAAGAGACCUGCUGAGACAUACGCUGGAGAGACAAGUUGUUGUUGAUCAUGAUGGUUCCCCUCGAUUAAUUCCGCCGUAUCCACUUAAACAUCCUGAAAGCGUUAAAGGAGAGCGAAUGGUCAAUUCAGCUGGUAGUAUGAACCCUGCUGGACCAUUUCAUGGGAAAGAGACAUUUCCUACACAAUCAGUUGCCGCAAAAGAAUCUGAUCGAAACCCGGUACCAAUUGAAAGGUUGGGUUGCUCGGAAGAAAGUUCCUGGUCUCGUUCGACACCAUCGGGAAAAGUCGUCACUGAGAGAGCGUCUGGAACUGUCCACCCACAUGUAGAUGAUACGGAUGAGGCUCCUAGAACAAGGGUCCGCCGUCGAUCUAUCAUCAGUAACAACAGCCUGGAUGAACAGCUCUUGCCACUUCUCAACAAUAACAGGAGGAGCAGUCUUUCAGAUCUAGUAUUAGGCAACAAUCGGCAGAAGUCACGGAAUGGACGCAAUGGCAACACUGCACCAGUACACGAGGCUGUAGCUGCAUUGUUUCCUACCGAUUCUUCAAGUGACAACGGACCAACUGCCGAUAAUCCAGUGGAUACCAACAACACUAAGUCUGCAAACCCGAAUCAGCCAAGUCAAUCUCCAGAACCAAACGCUUCUUCACACAAAACCCCAACUGCUGCAGCUGGGAACAAACCAAACGGCUGCAAAUGUACCCUGGCCGUUUCACCAAAGGAAAUCCCUGUCGAGAACUCCACUCACGAGAAGCCCGCCGCAAUUCCGGAUGACCAGGGAAGCAUUGGCAAUAAGUCACCCGGUGACACAAAUGUCACUAUCAACAUCACCAUGACCACAAAAGACGUUGAGACUGUUCAUAUUGGUGAUGUACACGAUAAACGCAACCUCCAUGACGGUGCUCACCAGGGAAUCAAGGCAUCGGAACCAAACAACAACAACGACGACAACAACGGUGAAGCUCAAAAGUUACUUAACGUAAACAUGUCCGCUUGUGAAACUGACACCCUUCACCUUGACAGCAGCGACCAUGAUGACGACGAUAAUGCUGAAAGAGACAAAUUACUCGACCCCAAAUCAUCAUAGGUAUUCGAAACCUAGAAUAUUUCAAAUUAUGUAUAUAAUGGUAAAUUGUAUUCCCAACUUUUAAAACCACUGUUAACCCAAAAUACGGACUAUUUUUUUAAGGGUAACAAAUACAAAUUGAACGAUGCAUUCGUACGAAUCUCCCU